CAUAAUCAUGCUUGUAGAUUUUUAAUAUUUAUAUAAAUUAAAAAAAAAAAUCAUUGAUGUCUACCUUAUAUUUUUAUUUUUCUUAAAAUGACUCCACUUUUUUAUUCCAAACUUUCGAAUGAUCUUUUCUCAAUCUUAAAUGAUGCCGAUGACUAUAAUGUAAUUAUUAAAGUGGGUGAAAACGAAAAUGCAAAAGAAUUUCAUGCACAUUCGGUAAUUUUGCGUGCUCGUUCUCCUUAUUUUAAAGGUGCUCUUUCUUCAUGUUGGAUUGAAAAGAAAAACGACAUGAUAUUUUAUUCUAAGCCGAACAUUGCUCCAAAUGUUUUUGACAUGAUUUUAAGAUAUAUUUAUACUGGUAAACUUGAAUUGACCGAACAACCUAGUGAAGACAUCCUUGAAUUGCUAAUUGCAUCAGACGAAUUGCUCAUUGAAGAAUUAUUCGAUUAUGUUCAAGUUUACUUAAUUAAAGAGCGAAGUGGAUGGAUUGCAACGCAUUUUCAUCUUGUUUUCAGUACUGCAUUUAAACUUAAUAAUUGUAAUAAAUUACAAGAUUAUUGUUUUGAAUCGACCUGUGGAUCGUUUAGUACUUCAAAUGAAUUUCUCUCCCUAGAUAAGGAUACUAUUUACAAAAUGCUUGAACGAGAUGACAUAAAGAUUAAUGAAGUUACUGCCUGGGAACAGUUAAUUAAAUGGGGUAUUAAACAGACUCCUGGCUUGAGUAAUGACAAAGGCAAAUGGAAUAAUGAGGAUUGUGAAGCAUUAAAGAAAACAUUGAGUCAACUUAUUCCUCUUAUUCGGUUUAUUGAUAUACCUUACGGUCAAUUUUUUAAGAAAGUCCGACCUUAUAAGGAUAUUAUUCCCAAUAAUAUUCAUGAGGAUUUUGAAAACUACUAUAAUUAUAAAAGUAAUUUACCAAAAAUAACAACUUUACCACCUAGAAUGAGAAAUUUUGAUUCAAAGGUUAUUAAACAAAAACAUGCUAACAUUAUUAUAAGCUGGAUUACUAAAAAAGAUUUUUAUGCAUUUCAAGAUCCACGUUAUGAGUUUUAUCUUGAUUAUCGUGGUAGUAUUGAUGGUAUUAGUAGAAACUCAUUUGUAAAUAAAUGUAAAGGUCCAUUAAAAAGAUUAGUUUUAAUUAAGGUUAAACAAUCAGGAAAAAUCUUUGGUGGAUAUAGUUCUAUUGGAUUUAAUUCGAUUGGAGAUGGAUUUCGUGAUCUUCAACAAUUUUAUAAUUCAUCUGAUAACUUUAUUUUUUCAUUUGAAAAUAGUGAAGAUACUCAAAAUAUGAAGAUAAGUCGUGUAAAAGAUCAUAAUAAGGCUAUAUGUUGUGAUGGUACUGGAUUUAAGUUCGGUCUUGAUUCAUUAUUUAUGUAUGAAGAUCAAUAUAUAUGUGCUCGCAAUCGUAGUCAUGCCUAUGAAGAUAAUUUAAAUACGAAUGAAAUAUUUAAAAUUGAAGAAAUUGAAGUAUAUAGUAUUCAUUGUUGGAAAUAAUAAUUGAAGACCAUGCAGUGUUCAGCAAAUUAUUUGAAAUGAAUUACAAGCCAUUUAAGUCAUUUGUCAAAUGACCAGUCAUUUAAAUUAUUAAAUGUUUGAAGGAAGUAGUAUUAUUAAAUAAUUUUUUUUUUAUUAUAUUUUUUUUAUUACAUAUUAAAUAAAUUUCUUUUU